AAGUUUCUACCUUUAAGAAAAUAUUAGUACGAGAAAGUCCUACAGAAAUAACAUCAUACAAUUCAAUACUCAAAAAUGGCAAGAAGACGAACUAAGAAGCGCACUCAUGUCGGUGCCAACAAUGGACCAGCUGGAGCAAAGUCAGCUCCUGCUAGUCAGGCUUCACGAUCCCCGAAAAGUAUGGUGAUUCGAGCUGGAGCUGGAGAAGUUGGACCAAGUGUUAGUCAAUUGGUGAGGGAUGUUCGACGGAUGAUGGAACCAGAUACGGCAUCGAGAUUGAAGGAGAGAAGAGCAAACAGAUUGAGAGAUUAUCUUACAAUGGCAGGUCCUUUGGGUGUCAGUCAUCUCAUGUUGUUCUCAAGGUCAGAGGCUGGAAAUACAAACAUGCGACUUGCUCUUACCCCAAGAGGUCCAACAUUACAUUUCAAUGUAGAGAAAUAUUCUUUAUGUAAGGAUGUGAGAAAAGCAUUAAAACAUCCCAAGGGUGGUGGAAAAGAAUACACCACUCCUCCAUUGGUACGUUCACAACAUCAAUCAUCUGGGCCUGCAACUGAUCUUUUUAGCUCGUUAUGAAUAAUUUCAUAUCUCCUGCAUCAGAAUCGAGUUCAGACAAAAAGAUACCCAGACACCUCGAAUCGCUUACAACCACCAUCUUUCAAUCUCUCUUCCCACCAAUCUCUCCUAAUAUUACACCUUUAACAUCCAUCCGCAGAGUUAUGCUUCUCAAUCGAGAACCCACCAAAGGUGAAGAUGAUGGCACCUAUACCAUCAACCUUCGUCACUAUGCAAUCACAACUAAGCAAAUAGGUCUUUCAAGACCAUUAAGGCGAUUGAACGCUGCCGAGAAAUAUCUACAAUCGAAAAAUCCAAGGAAAGGUUUGCCAAAUCUUGGAAAGUUAGAAGAUAUUGCCGACUAUAUGGUUGGAGAAGACGGUGCUGGAUAUAUGACGGAUGCUACAAGUGGAAGUGAGGUUGACACCGAUGCGGAAGUCGAGGUAGUUGAGACACGCACUCGUAAGAUACUCAAUAAACGUCAAAAGGAAAAGACUCGUGAUGGACAAGCCAAGGGUGUCAAAAGUGGCGCUGAAAAACGGGCCAUCAAAUUAGUGGAAUUAGGACCAAGGAUGAAGUUAAGAAUGACAAAGGUCGAAGAAGGCGUAUGUGAUGGAAAGAUUAUGUGGCACGAAUAUAUUCAUAAAUCCAAGGAAGAAGUCAAAGAAAUGGACAAAGUCUGGGAGAAGAGAAGGCAAGAAAAGGCAUUACGCAAGAAGAUACAAAAAGAGAAUGUUGAAAGAAAGAAGAAGGCUAAAGCUGGUAAUAAGAAGGGUGGCGAGGAUGAUGACGAAGAUGAUGAUGAGAUGGAUGUAGAUGAAUGGGAUAGUGAAGGUCUAGAAGGAGAUGGAGAGAUGGAGCUGAAUGAGGAGAUGGAGGAGAAAGGAGAAUGGGAAGACCAGGAAGAGGAGAUUGCUGCUGGUUGAGUAUAAGUUGUACUCACACAGUUUUUAUAUCUCGCUGUAUAAAAAUUUUCGGCGUAUUGAAAGGUCCCGUGGGUGUUCUUCCAAAAUGAUAUCUAAUUUAAAGCAUGUCCUUCGAUAUCUUGAAUCUUCUUUGAUUUUCCAUCUAUGCAUAGGCACACAACGGAA